ACGAAGUGACAAGCGAGUCGACUUCCGGCUCAGAAAUGUGACGUCACGGGUGCAAACAUACAAGGGAGGUCUUUGUAGUAAGUUGAGACGCUUCGGCUGCAGCUUUUUCCAACAGAGAGAAGAUGCACAACUGGCAGGAGAACGAAAUCAAAGAACUUCUGACCAUCCGGGGGUCGGAGUCGAUCCGUAACCAGAUCACGGGCACGGUGAAGGACUCUGUAGUUUACAGCAGGAUCACCAAACAACUAUCGGAGCGGGGGGUGUUCAGGUCACACAUGCAGGUGAUCAGCAAACUGAAGGCGCUGAGGAAGCAGUACCUCAAGUAUCACCAGCAGAAGAUCCGCUGCGGGAGCGACCGAGUCGACUGGCCGUUUUACGAGCAGUGCCACCGGGUGUUUGGGAACGCCCCCGCCGUGAACCCGGUGAAGCGCCAGCGGAGCCCCUCUCCUCCACCUGCAUCCUCACUGCCGCCGUCGCCGCCGCCACCGCCUCCGACUCCUCCGCCGCCGACGUCCGCCCUUAGCGACGAGCACCAGGAGGUGGUGGUCGGCCUCUGGGACGAGGUCGAUAAGCACCUGGGUCCCGUGGAGGCAGAGGACGACGAGGACCAGUACAGUCCACCAGAACCGCUGCACACCAUCAACACCUCGUACAAGGUUCCAACAAAAAAAAGGAAAACAACAGUAAUGGACCAAGUCUCCGCUUUAGUUUCAGCAACUGUGGCCCAGCUCAGCGAGAUGGACGCAGCCAUGCAGGCGCAGGAGGACGCCCGGCUGCAGAGGUUAAUGGACCAUGAGAGGGAAAUGCAGACCAAUCUAAUGAGUCAGCUCGCUGUCAUGCAUGAACGGAUCAGUCGAGAAAACCACGAGAGACAGCUGGAACUUGUCGACAGGAUUCUCUCUAGAUUCCCCUCACCUUCGGGCCGCUGAUGGACCCUUCUUUGCGUGAGCAGUGUGACAGGGUUUUUCCAGGUGCAGGGACCAUUUCUGACUCUGUCCUCCACCAACUGACUAGUGCCUGACACAUCGCCCCCCCACCCCACACCCCCUUUUACUAUUUCCACUGCAUUGAAAAUCAACUCACUGAUAUCAUCUGGCCUUUAAACUCGACUCUACUUGCCUGCAGCUGAAACAGAUUCAGGUUAAAACCAUAGGCUCUAUAUCAAAAUGAAAAGUGAAUCCUUGAAGUUGGCUGGAAUUAGCUGUUAUCUUCCAAGGGGCAACUUCACUGGUGGCAAAUAGAACUCCCAUGUAAGAGUGCAUGUGCUCAAGCUCUAUUUUGAGGUCUUCUUCAAUAGAACAGGAUGUUCCAAUCAAAGGGAAUUGACUGUUAGUAUUGUCCGAUAGGUGCCUGGCAGCAGGUAACAUCGGUGAACGUCCACUUUCAAAAACUGACAUGGAUUAGUCGGAUCGGUCAAAUCGAAAUCACAAGGCUUUAAAUGGGAGUUUGUUUUGCAACCAGAAGACUACGUCCAUUUUUAUAAGCGGUCUACGGCUAAAACCAGACCACGUUCACACCAACGGCCCGCCGUGCUCUGUUGUGAUUCACUGCUCAUGUUUUCAUCUGUACAGUUUUAAUGAACCCAGAGACGAACCACAUCACAACAAACUGACACAAAUGUACAUGAACAAUAACCAAACCAUGACUUGAAAGGAACGGAGACACUGAUGUAGCAUCAGUCCACUUCUGCAACAGUUUGUUCAAUACUUAUUGUAAUACAAUACACAAACAACUGUUACUAGUACACCAUUCGAUCUUCCUGUGAAUUAUACUAAAUGUCCAAUCGUCUUACACUUUCACAACGGUUUUUUAUUUAACCUUUUUGUAUAUUCAUUUUAGUCAUUUGAUUAUUUUUGUAGUCUAGAUGACAACACUGGCACACAUAACAUUGGCCAGGUGUUUGUAUUCAUGUAGAGCAACAGGUCAAGAUGUCAAUUCAACUGAUAUUUUGGGCAGAAGAGGAUUUAUGUAGCGUGUGCACGUUCUCAGUCAGUUCAGUUUACUCACACACACACACUAUACAUUUACAAUUACAAUCAUGGAGUACAGCGAUACGGUCAAUUUUGUUGCUUUUUGUCAUAGUUUUAACUAAAUUAACUGAGGAAAAUGAUUUAUUGGCCAUCAGACCUGCAAAAAUCAACACUCACC